CGUCACAGGGAAUUUCCAGUAAGGAAGUGAACUUUCUAUACAAACACAUCGAUCGGGGCUCCCAGCGGUGAUCGAUAAACCGAUAUCACCUCCGAUCGGACUGAAUUUCAAUCCUAACGCCGCCGGAGCCCAAUCUCGUCUAAUGAGGAGGACGCGUUGAGGUUUGAGCGCUGUCUCCGUAAUCAGCACACGAUCUAAUAGAGGGUCUAUGGCGCCUUCAACUGCUGAAUAAGAAGAUCAUUCUGAACUCUCUCUCGGACUGACAGCACACAUUGAUGUUGAUCCCGUAUAGCGGACAGUUAUCGGUGAAGGAACCAUGACGGAAGAGGAUCCUUAUCUUGCGCAUCAAGAGUUCUUAGACUUUGGGCAACCAUGGAUUCACGCAGUGGACCCACAUUUCCCACCUAUUCCACACACAAACACACCAAGAAUAGAUGGACCUUGUCUCCAAAUUAUAGAACAACCAAAACAGCGAGGCUUCAGGUUUCGUUAUGGCUGUGAAGGCCCUUCCCAUGGUGGACUCCCGGGAGCCUCCAGUGAGAAGAACAGGAAGACGUACCCUCAGGUCAAGAUCUGUAAUUAUCAAGGUCCAGCGCGGGUUGUGGUCCAGCUUGUGACCAACACCAAACAGCCCCAUCUGCACGCGCACAGCCUGGUGGGCAAGCAGUGUGAGAAGGGCGUCUGCAUCGCCGAUCUCCAGCCCAAAGACUCCUGCAUCAGUUUUCCUAACUUGGGUAUCUUGCACGUGACUAAGAAGAAUGUGACUAAGACCCUGGAGGAGAGGAUGAGUGAGGCCUACAGGCAAGGCUAUAAUUACGGAGUAGCCAUUCACCAGGAAAUUGACUCUUUCCAAGGAGAAACACGCAUCCCCAGGGAGCUCUCAGACCAUCACAGGAGUCUGAUCAACAUGGCUGCGAGCCACCAGGCCAAAGACAUGGACCUGAGCGUGGUCAGGCUCAUGUUUACAGCUUUUCUGCCGGAUGGGGAGGGGGGCUUCACCCGGAGGCUGGACCCUGUCAUAUCUGAGCCAAUCUACGACAGCAAGGCCCCAAAUGCCUCGAAUCUGAAGAUUGUGCGGAUGGAUCGAACGGCGGGCUGUGUGACAGGGGGAGAGGAGGUCUACCUGCUGUGUGAUAAAGUCCAGAAAGAUGACAUCCAGGUACGCUUUUAUGAGGAUGAUGAAACGGGCAUCUCCUGGGAGGCGUUUGGGGACUUUUCUCCGACUGACGUCCACAGGCAGUUUGCCAUCGUCUUCAAGACACCCAAGUAUCGGGACCAGAAUCUGCAGAAACCCAUCUCAGUGUUCGUGCAGCUCAAGAGGAAAUCAGACAAUGAGACAAGCGAGCCCAAGCCGUUCACUUACCACCCGCAGAUCAUAGAUAAGGAGGAGGUUCAGAGAAAGAGGCAGAAGACGCUGCCCAGUUUCCCAGACUACGGGGGCCCAGGGGGUGGAGCUGGGGGCAUGUACAGAGGAGCAGGAGGUGGUCCUACAACAGGAGGUGGCCACAGUGGAGCAGGAGGCGGAGGUCACUACUACCAGGGCUAUUCAAAUUUUAACAACUAUAACUCUGGCUACGGCUUCCCUCCCUCCAUGGGUGGGGGAGGCACCGGCAUCAAGCACGCUACUCAUGGCCCUGUGGAAGACACUGAUGAGGACAGUGACAGUGAUCUAGAUGAUGAUCCAGGCUCAGGGGGAAGGGUCAGAGUGCGUGUCCAGCCGCAAUCCACAGGAGCGAGGAGUGAGGAGGGUGAGGAUUUAGAGGAGCUCACGUCUGAUGAGACAGAAGCUGCAGACUGUGUUUUCGAUCUGCAGUUGGCCAAGGUGGCACACAGACAUGCCUGUGCUCUGUUUGACUAUGCAGUGAGCGGCGAUACUCGCAGGCUGCUGGUUCCACAGCGACCCCUAUUGGCCACUCAGGAUGAAAACGGAGACACGGGACUGCACUUGGGUGUGAUCCACAGUCAAACAGAUGCAGUGAAGAAUUUAGCCCAUGUUAUUUCGGCUGUUCCUGGAGAAGAUGCUCUUAACAUGAGGAAUGACUUGUAUCAGACACCUUUGCACCUGGCGGUGGUGACUCAGCAGAAAGAGGCGGCAGAGGCUUUGCUUGCGGCUGGAGCAGAUGUCACUCUGACUGAUCGCCAUGGCAACACAGCAUUGCACUUGGCAGCCAAGCUGAAAGAGGGAGAGAUGGUUCGAUUGCUUUUGCACCACAAAGCUGUGCUGCAGUUAACCAGCGUACCAAACACAGCAGGUCUGUGUCCACUGCACCUGGCCGUUCUGGCCAACAGUCUGAGCAGUGUUAGGGCGCUGCUGGAGGGUGGGGCGAGUGCGGAGGUUCAGGAGCGCACCUGCGGCCGCACGCCGCUUCACCUGGCGACCGAGCACGACAACGUGUCACUCGCAGGCUGCCUACUAUUGGAGGGUGAUGCUGAAGUGGACAGCGUCACCUAUAAUGGCUCCACCCCUCUUCAUAUCGCAGCAGGACGGGGCUCACUCAAGCUGAGCGCACUCCUCGUGGCCGCAGGUGCGGACCCUCAUAAAGAGAACUAUGAGCCACUGUUCUUCAGAGAUGAGGACUGCUGCGCCUUGGAUGAGGAAGAUCAGGAGGAUGAGGGCUACAUCCCUGGGACUACCCCAUUCAACAUGGCUGCAUCCCCAGAGGUUCGAGAAAUCUUAAAUGGUAAAGAGUACCAGCCCAGCACUGUCUUUGUACCACCACAAGGAGACAUGCGUAGUCUGAGUGCGGAAACGAAGCAAGCGCUGUGUCAGUGUCUGGAGGAGUCGCCGGGUGGGUGGGAGAGUCUGGCACACGCACUGGGACUCGGCAUCCUCACCAACGCUUUCCGCCUCAGCCCACGGCCCGCCUCCACGCUACUGGAUAGCUAUGAGGUUUCAGGUGGAACGGUUCGAGAACUCUUCGCAGGCUUGAAGAGUAUUGGCAACAGCGGCGCUGUCAGCAUACUGCAGGAGCACUAUGUGUGUGAGGAAAAUGACGACACAUCAGCCUCUGAUAGAGCAGCACUCUCCGAGGGUCAUCAGGGGCUGAAGCUGGCACCGUUGGAUGAGACUGGCAUGUGCGACAGUGGUGUAGAGACGUCCUUCCACAGGCCCAGCCUCAGCCUGGUCGACUCGCUCUGCGGACAGCUGGACCCACAGUUGGCUGCCGCUCUGGCCGAAGUUUGACCCCUCGACCUCUUCAGCAUGCAGAUAGCAGCAUGUACAGCAGUGCUGCCCUAACUGAAGCCUAACCGUCAACUUUGAACUCUGAAGUUUUAAUCCUUUGACUCCGGAGCCGCCCGCACACCUUUCACUGCUGACCUGACCAUCCCUGUGACAGAGACUGACAGAGACCGAUGCAAAAGCUCUGUAGCCAAGCCUAUAAUGGAGAUCAUGGGAGGCCAGUGCUCGUGGGCAAAGGAAUGCUUUAGUUUGUGGCUACAUAGAUUUUUUUUUCUCAUAUACUGUAUGUACAAAAGCAUCCAGACACCCUUUCUAAUGAGUGAAUUCAGCUCCUAGGCUGGCACAGCUUAUAUAAUCUCCAUAGAAAAGCAUUGACCAGACCUCACUAACACUCCUGUGGCUGAAUGCAGUUAUAUCACAGAUGUUCCAGCAUCUACUGUGUAGUCUUCCCAGAACAGUAAAGGCUAGAACUGCAGCAAAGGGAGACAAACUCCAUAUUAAUACCCUUGAUUUCAGAAGAAACACUGGUGUCUGUAAACUUUUGGACAUAUAGUGUAUAUGCAUAUGUCAACACGACACAGUUAUGUAAGAUUUUUAUUUAAUUGUAUUUGCUUGUAUUUUUUAUAUUCCAUGCGGUCGUGUUUUUAUGGAUUUUGAUUUUCGUAACGAUUAGACAUCAGUGGUGAUGUGACAUCACAGCUGUAAUAGUGUAUCUCUCGCCAUUCACAAAAGACAAGAUAAGCUGUAGUUGAUCUGAGCUGUCUUCUGAUCUUGGCAGAGCAACUUUCAGAAUUGCUGUUAAUCGGGGUGUAAAAUUCUUACCCUAACAGUUCAAUUCAUAAGGAUUCAGUGCAUAAUCGAACCUCAAAUUUCAUGAUUUGGACUGAUUUAUUUGGCAGGAAUCAUUUAUUUUUCAAAAUACACUGAAUGCACGAAUGUGACUGGAGGAGCUGUUUACACUGUAGUGGAAUAUAGAUGAUAAAUACAAUAAAUCAAGAUUUUUUGGGGGUUUUUAUGUUUGAAAAUUCCCCAGAAAAGACCACAUACUUUAUUGAUUGCGAUUGUAAGCAAAUAUAACCAGUUCUGACUUUUAAAAAUUGAUGUAUUCAGGCUGCUGAGGGAGAACCACCAUCUAAGUGUUGGCCCAGUUGUUGGGAGACCACGAGUUCGAUCCCUUGUGAUGCCACAGCCAUCCGCGGAUGGGAAACUAAGUGAGCGUAACUGACCGUCUUAAUUGAAAAACCUAAAGUUUAGCUUACCUUAGAUCAAGGGUGCUCAGUCCUUGUCCUGGAGAUCUACCACCCUGAAUACUUCAGAUCCAACACAGCUGCCUCAUAUAGUCACAAUCAAGGGCCUUGAUUACCUGGAUCAGGUGUGUUAGAUCAGGCUUGGUCUAAACUGUGCAGGGUGGUACAUCUCCAGGACCAGGAUUGUGCACCCCUGCCUUAGAGGCUGUUAAUAGCAUUGGCAUAAAGCUGUGAGUUUGGUCUUCAGAUUUGAAUCACUUACCUAAACGAGUGUGAACUUCAUGUCAGAGAGAUCGGAUUUGAGCAUCAGAUUUGAGGCUUAUAUUGUGAACGUAGCCUAAGAGAAGGCAUUUAGUGUUCUCCUCCAAGCGUGUCGAGCUCUUUAAUGAUGUUGCAUAAGCAGCUGCGAGGACACGUAGUAGCCUUCACCCUCCCAGGAUGGUGGCAUCAUGUGAUAAGGGUGGUUCUAGCUAGAAGAUGGCAUUGUCAAUGACUGGAUUGUCAUCUUCAAAUGCAUUUUUACACCCCUAUUAAUAAUCCUAGUCUCAGAUUUGACUCUGCACAGGUCUGGUUUGACACAGACGUUUACAGCCAUAACUAUAUCUUAGAGUCUUUUUGUGCAUGAAUGAGUGGUAAAGCCAGCAUCGUUUGGAGUUUGAUUAUUCAGGGUUUAAGUCAUGUUAAUUUUUUACGUGGUUUUAAAUGAAUCCUGCCUCAGGAAUGCUGCACUCCCAGAAUGCAUUUUGGAUGAGAAAUGCCUUGAUUUAGUUUUGCCUCAAUGAGUUACCAAAGCUUUGCAUCCGAAACCAAAUUACUCCCGAAUCUUGCGGUGUGAAAAAGAUUCCUUGGCAAUUUCUUACUUUGUUCUCGGAGCCUGUGGACCAAUGGGCUUAUUUUUUUAUUAUGUUAAAAAAAAAAAAAUGAAGUUAGCGGAAGCUUUUUAAGAAUAAGAAUACGUGAAAGCUAGCUUCACUGCAGUAGUGUUCAUCUCUUUCUGAGCUUUUCUCUUCUUCACUCUUGCGUCACACAGGUGUUUAUGGAUAGGGUGCUGAUUUUUAUUCUCUCAGUUAGUGGUGCUAACGAUGACCGGAAUUGUGGCGAUGGUGAUGACGACGACGACAACAUCAGUACUGAUGAAAAAGGCGAUUGUUUUUUUGUUGUUGCUUGUUGAGAGAAUCUGCUUACACACCAGAGUGUAUUUCAUAAGCUGUGAUCGAGCAUCGGUAGAGAAUCGGAGAAUCGAUUUCUCCACCUUCGUGGUUUUUGUUUGUUUGUUUGUUUUCCUUUGUAUUAAAAGAUUAAAAGGCGAAACGUUCAUAAGGUUAAGAAACUCAAUGGUUACGUGAAGACAGCAGGCUGGAAUCGCGAUUGUAUUUGCAUUAGGGUUAUAUUUACAGGACUGCAUCAUAUUGCAAUUAGAGAUGGCACGAUACCACUUUUACGAUACUGAUACCAGUAUUGAAACCUUGAGGAUAGACUGAUACCGAUACUGAUGGUCUUUUUUUUCAUCAAAAACUGCUAAGUAGGGUUAGACAAUAUGAUAUUUAUUGUUAUCAUGGUAAAUUACAUAAUGUAUCACAGUAUAUCAUGGAUUUCGGCUGUACUUGAACAAGAAUGGCCAACUAAAUAUUUGAUCGCAAAAAGAGCAGAAUUAGUCCUGUUUAGUUGGAUUUAGUGCAGAGACGCUGAAUCAAAAACAUUCUACAGAUAGCAAAUUUUAAAUAUGGCAAAUAUGGCAUUUUUUGGCUGUUCCAACUCAUCAAACCUCAGAAAAAAUUAAAUAUGGCAAUAUUGCAAUGCAUAUCUUGAAGUAUUGAAUUGCUGUAUGUGUUCCAUAUCACCAACAUCUACAGCUUUAAAACUAGUGAUGUUAAUUAAAGCACUUCACUUAAAAGAAUAGAUUGGCAAAAACAUUAACCAGUGUACACAGUUUUUGGCUUACGUCAGAUGGUAUUCGGUCAUGUUUGGCAUCCAAAUUUUGCUUCUUUAGUUUUAAACUGAAGAUACGAGGCUAACGUUGCUAACA